AUGAUGACAAGCACGACGUCGGCGCCUUUACGGCCACACGGCUCGCCAGACUUGCAACACGAAGCCCUAGCUGACGUCACGCCCCCAUUGCAACCAGAGGAACAGGCAGCACGGAUAAUUCAGACAAUCGAUUUCCCUCGUCAGCCUCGUGCAGAAAAUGCGGCCCAUUCGGAAGCCAGCUCCGACGAAGAUUUGGAGGAUAUGGUCGUAGACGAGUCUGGCGAGGAUCCCGAGGAUCGCGACGGUACCAACAGUGUCGCACGCAAAAAUUGGCAGCGGGCCGUAAAUGUUGCAAUACAAGCGACCGGAAAUCGAGACUCUCCUGUUGAGCGCAUAGCAAAUGAUAUGCCCGGCCGCCCAGGGCCUGGUGCUUCGGUCUGCCCACCCAAAAUGAUGGGACUCGAAUAUUUUCUGGAGAUGGUCGAUUCAAAACAUCGCCAUGGGAGUAAUCUCCGAGCCUACCAUGCUGCAUGGAAGGAGAGUCCCUCCAAGGAGAAUUUCUUUCACUGGCUGGACUACGGAGCGGGCAAGGACGUGGAGCUUCCACAGUGCAGCCGGCAGCAGCUAGAGAAGGACCAAGUUCGUUACUUGACCUCUAGCGAACGAUUCAACUACCUGGUCAAGAUUGACGAUGCAGGACUCUUGAGAUGGGCGAAAAAUGAUGAGCUUGUGGAAACGGACAGCAAACGGUUCAAGGACACCCUGCACGGAGUGGUUCGAAUUGCAGACUGCGCACCGAAUGAUCUGGAGGAACCUGGCCAGGCUACCGAAAAUUCUGCAGCGUCUGCUCCAGCUUCUGCGGACGUUCCAUUGUCUUCUGUUGUGACAAGCAACAAGGAGACCAAAAAUCCCAAUGUGUCCACGAAAGAAGAUUACGAGCUCGACAAGGCCGUGAAGAAUUUCUCACGCAUUCGUCCCGCUGUUGUCUACGACCAUUUUGCUGGGGGCUUGUCUGUGAAAAAUGGAAUGUGGAUCUUUGUAGCGGAUACCUCUUUUCGAAUGUAUAUCGGAAUCAAGGAGCAGGGUGUUUUCCAGCAUAGCUCCUUCUUACGUGGAGGGAGAAUAUCUGCAGCGGGUCUCAUUAAGACCAAAAAUGGUCAGAUACGUGGCUUUGCACCUCUGAGUGGCCAUUAUCGUCCCCAUUUGUCCAAUUUCCGCGCCUUCCACCAUUCUCUUCAAGAACGUGGAGCUGACCUAUCGCGAGUUUCCAUGACCAAGUCAUAUGCAAUUCUAGCCGGUGUCGAAGGAUGGACCUCGACUAAGCGCAAGGCAAAGAGUGCCAAAUGCAAGUUGGAUGGGGCAAAGCACAAGCUCCACAUGACGCGCUCUCGCGCGGACGAUGCCGAGGACGGCGAGUAUCGCUGA